AUGUGUGAAACGAUAACCCAAGUAAGUGACGAAAUGUGGUGCGAGUGGAUACUAAAUGGUAUACAAUCCAUUCUGGCUAAAAAACAGAGUCCUUCAUUCCAACGCAUAUGUCAGGUGAUACGCAAAAGGCAUGUGUUUAACGAAGAAACUAUUGCCGCACGGCUCAUGGAAGCAGAAAGCAGUGGUCUUAUAGAGAUUUUGGUACGACGAGGAGAAACGAUCUACCGUGUGGUGAAGAAGGCGGCUAGGCAGAUUGGCAUAAAAUAUUCAGCUCGACAAUAUCAACGGUCCCCUUUCUCAAACGUGUUGUGCAUCGAGUGUUUGAAAACUAGCCACAGCGGUCCUAACCAUCGUAAACCGGAACCAAUGAGCUCUUGCGAGCGUUGCGGAAUAUCGCUUCAUGACAGUUGUUCGAACAAAUCCACGGGUAACGAGACAGCGGUUCCGCUAUCACAGCUAGUAUCUGUUGGCAAUCGAUGGUUCUGCGAAGAAUGUAAACCUUGCGACGGCUGCACAUCCUUAAACGAAAGCAUCAGCCGUGCCCAGUUAUGCGUCGUCGAAUGUGCCGGAUGCUCGCGAAAAUUCCACUUCCAGUGUAUGGACCCGCCGGUCAAAAUCACGGAUAAAAAGCUGUGUGAGCCCUGGCGUUGUGCGCAUUGCCUACAGCACCAUCAGUACCGUCCACCUACUAAAUGCCAAACGCCAGAGGCAAACAUCGAAAAAAGUUUGAAACAGGAAAUUGCAGCACAUAGUUCCAAGGUCUUCAACUCACAUCCGAUCGAAGCCGAUCUGAUCGAUGGCAGGGUGGAGGCCAUAAGGAUUAAACUCGGCGACAGGGUAACGGACGAUGAUCUGGCCAUUUUUCGACACGUGCUUAUAAAACGGUGUGCACUGGAGCAGGAGGACCUUCCCCGAACACCGUCAGCAAUUCGGUUCGGCCAGUACGAAAUCGAGUCGUGGUAUUCUAGCCCGUUUCCGCAAGAGUACGCCAAGCUGAAAAUGUUAUACAUGUGCGAAUUUUGCUUGAAAUACCUGCAGACGCAUGACGAACUGAUGCGUCACCAGCAUAAGUGCACCCUGCGGCACCCACCAGGUUGCGAGAUCUAUCGUGACGGGGAUGUUGCCGUGUUCGAGGUAGACGGCAACGAUCAGAAACACUACUGCCAAAGUUUGUGCUUGCUCGCGAAGCUGUUCCUGGACCACAAGACGCUAUACUUCGAUGUUGAGCCGUUCCUGUUCUACAUUCUAACCAGGCGCGACCAUCUCGGCCACCACAUGGUGGGUUACUUUUCGAAAGAAAAGCUCAACCACCUGCGCUACAAUGUGUCGUGUAUUCUUACGCUGCCGCAGUACCAACGCCAAGGUUACGGUCGAUUUUUGAUCGAUUUCAGCUAUCUGUUGAGCCGAGUUGAACUAAAGCCGGGAACCCCCGAGAGACCACUGUCGGAUCUGGGCCGUCUGUCGUAUCAACAGUACUGGUGUUCCGUGUUGCUGUCAUACCUGCAUCUCAACCGAUACGGAGUGCUAACGCUAGAGGGCAUCUCGCACGAAACGGGCCUAAUCGUAACCGACAUAGUGGCCGCAUUCCGGUCGCUCGGUUUCAUUCGAUAUCGAGUCAAGCGGACAGGAUGUGUUCGUUCCAAUCAUCCCUUCAUAUGCAUCGAUUGGCGGCUUGUAGAUUGCCACUACAAGCGAACGCUGCAGCCGAGGAAAGGAAUUGAGCUCCGUGACACUUGUCUUCGAUGGAUACCGAGGACACGCACGGAUGCCAUCUUGAAGCAGAUGGAGCUCACGUUCGAUCGCGAUAGUUCCGCACGGGUCAUCUCAGCAUAUCCAGGGAUGGUGCUACCGAAGUUGCGAGACGUUGUCCUUGGCAACGUGAUGGCGACGAAAUGUUUAGUCAAAGCUCUGAACAAUUCGGAUAAAGAGGAACCGGAAACGCAUAGGUCGGCAGGAAAAAGCACCGAAGGGAGGAAGGAUCACAUCGAGCGGCUGUUUGCCGACACCGAAUAUAGCCUGAAUAAUGAUUCGCUUCUGCAGCAAGGUGUUACUGUGACGACUUCCGGUAGAAGAAGAAUACCUUCCCGCAAGUACAGUAACGCCGUGUUUGAUUUGUCGCUUUCGUUGACAACUGGCACCCCGAAAUCGAAGAGAUCGUCGAAAUCAACAACACGUUCCGAUGCGGAUGGUACUAGCUCAUCGGAAGGCUCACCGGCCGCUAUCUGCAAAUUGUCACCAGACGCGCUGGUUUCGAAAAGGGAAAGGAUUGCAGCAAACGCUAGGUGCGGACCAUUUGCCGAAUGUGCCUCCGAGGAGGAUAUUUCGCUAGACAGCGUGGAAGCGUUCAUGGGCACGCCUAAAAGCGAGAUUCAAAAGUUAUCCCCCGACAAGAGCAGACAUGGAUUUACACCCGUUGCUCCAUUCCGGCAGCAGGACACGGUCAACGACGAACUGUCCCGUACACCGAGCCUUAAGAACCACUCGAACCGGUUCGAACAAUGGACAACGUAG